AUGAGUAGCACCGUAAAAGUUCACGAAGAAAAAGUACCUGUUGACCCAGUGUUAUUAUUCCAACGUAUGAGUGUUACUGCGGCUUUUCAAGAUGAAAUUGAGAAAUAUUUCGAGUAUGAAUUAGCUCCUUAUCCGUUAACAUUAUUUGAUGACAUUGGAAUGCGCAAGACCCAGAAGUCGGCUAUUUACGAUUGUUUUCAGACUAUAAAUGUUGAUAUUAAUAACACUAAUUCAACGUACAUAAUUGACGGAGGAUUCUUAUUACAUCGAGUGGUGUGGGAUAGCGAGGAAACAUUUAACGUUAUCUUAGAUAAAUACGUUCAAUAUGUACGUCGACAUUUUGGUUCCAGAGUUACUGUCGUAUUUGACGGAUAUGAUGAUUAUACGAGAAAUAUUAAAGCAGCAGAGCAACGCCGUCGAAAUGCUGCUUCAUCAACUUCUUCUGAUAUUAUAUUCGAUGAUUCAAUGACAGUUCCUACCAGUCAACAGAAAUUCUUUGCAAAUAAUCACAAUAAAUCUAGGUUUAUUUCGAUGUUGAAAGCAAAAUUUACUGCUGAGAAUAUAUCCGUUGAACAAGCUAAUGAUGAUGCUGAUGUAUUGAUUAUUGAAACAGCGAUAAAGAAAUUCAGUGUGACAAAUACAACUGUUGUUGUUGCACCUGAGAAACUUCUCAACACAAUAUUUUGCAACUGCAAGAAAGGGUGUAGUGCAAAAUGUGGUUGCAGAAAAGUUGGACUGUUUUGUUCCCUGGCAUGCACACACUGUCAAGGCCGAUCAUGCUCGAAUGUUGAGUCACCAACUCUUGAAGAUUCGUUUGAUACCGAUCAGGAAUCGCUAUUGGGGCAGUUUACGUGUGAAAUAGAACAAGAAGAAGAAGAAGAACAAGAGGAUGAACAGGAAGAAGAAGGAGAAGAAGAUCAAGAAGAAGAAGAAACAGAAAUCUUGGACAGUUAUGAAUCAGACGACUAA